CUAAAAUUUAUUUUGUUGGUUUCUUAGGAACACUUUCCAACUGAAAUAUAACGUAUUGGGAGUGUUUCAUGAUAGCGAUGGUAACAAGAAAUUUGAAAUAUAUAAACACAUGUGUGUUUUUCGAAAAUUUCAGCGAUAAUGUUAGCCAGUUUUUUAAUAUUGUCGCGCUUUUUGCAGUUUAAGUGUGCAAAAAAGCUCAUUUAAGCACCCAACUAUUUCACCACAGCAACACUUGACGGCUAUCUUUUUGCAAUUCUCAUUUAUUGAUAAGUAUUAGCCAUAUAUAUGAAAUUUUAAGUAUCUCCCAGGAAGCUAUAUAUUUUGUAGUCCAAAUUUAGCUUUAACAGUUAUCUACUUCGCUUGGUCAGUAAAAGAUAUUGUGAUCGUUAGGCAUAGGAAAAUAUAUAUCUUUAUACGAAAACAGAUAUGGCGACGAAUAAUGAAGAGUUUAACGAGGAUGAGUUGCAUCCACCAGUAUGGUUGAAUGAUGAGUUCUUCUUGGAAGUAUUGAGUAAUUGCGAAAAGUCAGAGUUCAAGCUGAUAAUACUACAUACAAAAAUUGCGCCUGCUUCUAAAAAGGGCGAUCAUUAUGCCACUGUGAUGUUUCGAGCAACUGUGGAUUACCAGCUUAAUGAUGAAGAGAAAAAAAUAUCUAUGAUAAUUAAAGCAAUGCCCGAAAUAGAGGGACACAAAAAGGAACUGAUAGGUAACUCCGCAGUUUUCGAAACGGAAAUAGGAAUGUAUGCGGAAGUAUUGCCACGACUUGAACAAAUGUUGCGAGAUGUUGGGGAUGAAACAGUGCUGAAAGCAUGCUGUUUAUACGCUACGCUAAGUCCGAGAAAAGUCAUUGUUUUUGAAGAUAUCGUACCGCUAGGGUUUGAAGUGAUUCGUGGGCGUUUUGUCAACAGAGAGGAGGCUAUGUUUGUGUACGGAAAGUUGGCUAAAUUACAUGCCACUUCCUAUAAAAUCGUGAAAGAGGAACCACAAUUUCUGGAUAAAUACCGUAACAGUAUUUUUGAAAUACCAAAUAUUGAGGAAGACGAAAUGAUGUGUGGCGGUAUAAAAAACUUUGUUGAAUUUCUAAAGGCUACGCCAGCUCUUCAUGAGUACAUAUCAUAUUUUGAGCCGCUGAGCAAAGACUUGAUGCGAAAGUGCCGAACAAGUUUCGCUGAAUUCCGGAAUGCGCCAAAGGAAGAUGCAUACUAUGUACUUAAUCACGGAGAUUUUCAUAUCAAAAAUAUGAUGUUCAAGCACAAUCCUAUUAGUGGACAACUUGAAGAUGUAAUGCUUCUAGAUUAUCAAAUGUGCUAUGUCGGCCCGAUUGCCAACGAUUUAUUAUACUCAAAAUAUAUGCUGCUUGACCAAGAUUUACGUAAAGACUUUUCCGCUCUCUUAUACUACUAUUUCACAGUAUUCUCAGAAACAUUAAAGAAAGUCGGCUUUAAAGAUGAAUUGCCAAAAAUAGUAAGAUUGCGUGAGCAGCUUGUGGAGCAUAAGCACUUCGAAUUCUUCCUAUUGAGCUCGUUUCUUCCCAUCUUCUAUGCUUUUCUUGAUCCUAAAGUGGACUUGGUUAAAUUGAUGACAUCAAAUGAUUUUCGCAAAGAGUUUUACAGCAACAAAAUCUUUUUGGAUGAAAUGAUAGAGUUGCUGCCUAAACUUAAACAUCUAGGUUAUUUUGAAGAAAAAAUGCCACCAAAACCUGAAGAAUACAAUGAAGACGAACUGCAACCUCCACAAUGGUUGGAUGCGGAAUAUAUGACGAAGGUGCUGUGCAACGCUGAGCGCAAUACCACAGUUGUGGAGGUAAAAAAUUUCAAAAUUACGCCAGCAGCAGUGAAGGGCGAUCACUACGCAAGCAUUAUGUUUCGUGCUGCGGUGGAAUAUAGCGCAGAUGGUGAGCACAAAAACAAAUCGAUGAUCAUAAAAACGAUGCCAGAAGCUGAGGGCCACAAGAAAGAUAUGUUAAAGCAAAUGGAUAUAUUCGAGGUCGAGAUCGGAAUGUAUACACGAGUGUUGCCGCGUUUCGAAAAAUAUUUACGCGAUGUAGGCGAUGAAACGAAACUAAUGGUGCCUUUUCUGUACCAUGAACUGACGCCUCAUAAAGUGAUCGUAUUCGAGGAUAUCGUGCCGCUUGGUUAUAAUGUAAUGCGCGCUCGAUUUCCCAAUCCGAAGGAAGUGAAGGCCGCUUACGCUAAAUUAGCCAAAUGGCAUGGCAUCAGCUACAAGUUAUUGAAAGAGGAUCCGCACUUUUUUGACGAAUAUCGCAACAGUAUUUUUUCGCACGAUAGCGCAAAAGAGAAUACUUUCUUUGCGAACAGCACAAAAGCUUUUAUGAAUUUUGUCCAUAAAACACCAGAGCUGCAAGAAUAUGUGCCGCAUUUGGAGAAUCUCUUUGAGAAAGUUAAUUUGCUUGACGAAACAAUAAGCUCUUUCAGAGAGUAUCGCGAUGGACCACGUGAAGAUGCUUACUAUGUACUGAACCAUGGCGAUUAUCAUCUUAAAAAUAUGAUGUUUAAGCACAAUACGGAGAGUGGAAAAUUUGAAGAUGUUAUGCUCUUGGAUUUUCAAUUCUCUCAUGUCGGCCCAAUUACUAGUGAUCUUAUCUAUUCAAUCUUUAUGUUUUUGGAUGAUAAGUUGCGGCCGCAAGCACCAGAAUUUCUACAUCACUAUUUCGCAACAUUCAAAGAAACUCUAAAAAAAAUUGGUUUCGAAGGUCCCAUGCCGAGUUUGAAUAAGUUCCGUGAGCAAUUAUUCCAUAGUAGAUAUGUGGAACUGUUCAUUAUGAUAACUUUCUUACCAAUGUGGCCGAAAUUCAUUAGGGGCGAGUUCUCACCAGAUACAUUCGCUUCCGGUGAGGAUUAUCAUCUUAAAAUAUUUGACAAAGAAUAUGUCGAUGAAUUACUUCAAAUUCUGCCUAAUUAUUUACAUCUGGGCUAUUUUGAAGUUUAGCUUGAUUUAGCUUACGAGUAUGUAUAUAUACCAACAUAAUAUGUACAUUAAAAAUAGAAAGUUUCCGGAAAUUGACAUUUAAACUGUUCGCCAGCACUUUUAUUGUUAAGGGAACCUUUUAUUUUAUUUUUUCCGCAAAAGCCUCAAGACGCUUGUUAUUGACUAUUCUGAAUUCGUGAUGAACCAAACAGCGAAUAUCGAAAAAAACAAUAUCCGGAAACUUUCUGGUCUUUAUAUAUUUGUAAGUUUGUUAAGCAUAACAUUAAGUAGGUAACUGAGACUUAAAACCAUUAAAUAUUAAUAAUAAACACAAUAAA